AUGACCACCAAAGCCGUCGUCUUUGUCGAAAAGGGCAAGGCAGAGGUCCAGGACGUCCCUGUGCCCAAGCUGCGCGAUGAGUACAUGCGCGUGAGAGUCAAGGCCGUCGGCCUCAACCCCACCGACUGGAAGCACAUUGACAUGGCCAUUGCCGAUGCCGGCGCCCGGAUCGGAUGCGACUACUGCGGCGUCGUGGAGGAGGUGGGCAGCAAGGUGACCAAGAAGUUUGCCAAGGGUGACCGCGUCGCCGGCUUUGCGCAUGGAGGCGACCGCACGCAGCAUGAGAACGGCGCCUUUGGCCACCAGAUUGUCGUCAAGGGCGAUGCCCAGAUCAAGCUGCCGGACAACGUCAGCGACACGGACGCUGCCACGCUUGGCGUCUCCGUCGUCACAGUCGGCCAAGGACUAUACCGCACCCUCGGUCUGCCCCUGCCCACCGAGCCCGCCCACAACGAGGACUACGUCCUCAUCCACGGCGGAAGCACAGCCACAGGCAUCUAUGGCAUCCAGUUCGCCCGCCUCUCCGGGUACAAGGUGGUCGCGACCGCGUCGCCUCACAACUUUGACUACCUCAAGGGGCUAGGCGCUGAGCAGGUGUUUGACUACAAGUCGCCCACUGUCGGCGAGGACAUUCGCAAGUACACUGACAACAAGCUCAAGCUGGGCUGGGACUGCACCGGCUCUGGCAGCAAGAUCAUCGCGGGCGCCCUCAGCAGCGACGGCGGCAAGUACGCCGCUAUCAUCCCCCCUAACGAGGACGAGAUCAAGAGCGUCAACCCCAACGUGGACGGACCCCACAACACACUCGGAUAUGCCGUCCUCGGCGAGUCCUUUUCCAAGUUUGGCAAGGACUUCCCCGCCCAGCCCGAGGAGUUUGAGUUUGUCAAAAAGUUUACCAGCAUUGCCCAGCAGCUCCUCGUCGAUGGCAAGCUCAAGGCGCCGCGCGUUAUCCUGAACAGGGGCGGGAGCGGCCUCGAGAGCGCCCUCAAGGGCCUGGACGAGCUGCGGGGGAAUAAGGUUAGCGGUGGAAAGCUCGUCUAUACUUUGUAG